AUGUUUUCUCUUAGAAAUCUUCCUUCACUAGCACCGAUUGUCUCGGCCUACGCAUUAUUGACGGGAUACAUUAUGAUGAUCAAACCAUUUCUUGAUACAACAAUUCCACCUCCGCUACAAAACUACAUCAUCGCUUAUAUCAACUCUUUCUUUAUCUCAACUCCAUCGACUCUAACACUCAUCAUCGAUGACCAGAUCAAAAAUGGAAUGUACAACGAGCUCUACGGGGCUGCUCAGGUUUAUUUGUCCACCAAGAUCAACACCAACGCGGAAAGGCUAAGGAUCUCUAGAGACCGCAGUGAAAAAAACGUCAAUUUAAACCUCAGCGUAGGAGAAGUUGUCUCGGAUGUCUACCAAGGCAUUGAGCUCAAGUGGCGGUUUUGUGUUAACAGUAAGAAGAGCAAUAUGGUUCACGAUUUGGGGGAACAGUUUAAGCUAGACCCCGAGAGGGAAAGUUUUGAACUUAGCUUUGAAAAGAAACACAGAGACUUAGUCUUGAAUUCUUAUGUACCUUACGUGGAGAGAAAGGCAAAGGUGAUCAACAAUGAGAGGAAAAUCAUCAAGAUGUACUCCUACUGUAACAUGUAUUCAAAAUGGCAAUCCGUGAACCUCAAGCACCCCUCAACAUUUCACACCAUGGCUAUGAAAGAAGAGCUCAAGCGUUCUGUGAUGGGAGAUCUUGACCGGUUCAUCAGAAGGAAAGACUUUUACAAAAGAGUAGGGAAACCUUGGAAAAGGGGUUACUUGCUAUACGGCCCACCUGGGACUGGGAAGACUAGCCUAGUUGCAGCUAUGGCUAACUACCUCAAGUUUGAUAUCUAUGAUCUCCAGCUUGCAAGAGUGAGGGAGGACGCUCAUCUAAAGAGAUUACUUCUCGGUACUACGAACAGCUCGAUUCUUUUGAUAGAAGAUAUAGACCGCGCCGUGGAUUUGCAUACAAGGUUGCAACCUAAGACUCAUGAAGAUUCUAAGGGAUCAGCAACGUUGACGUUAUCAGGGAUCCUCAAUUGCAUAGAUGGGUUAUGGUCGAGCUGUGGAGACGAACGCAUUGUAAUCUUCACCACAAACCACAAGGAGAGGCUCGAU